ACCUGUUUAGAAAAGUAGAAACGAGGCAUACUCACUCCUCCUCUGCAAGCGCAGCAGCAGUGGUAGACUUGGAGAUCUACGCAUUUCUUCUCCCAUCCACCGAUCUUCAAUUAACAAAGAUGGGCCUGUCUUUCACCAAGCUCUUUAGUCGCCUAUUUGCUAAGAAAGAAAUGCGCAUUCUCAUGGUCGGUCUUGAUGCUGCCGGUAAAACAACAAUUUUGUAUAAACUUAAGUUGGGGGAAAUUGUCACCACCAUUCCUACUAUUGGGUUCAAUGUGGAAACUGUUGAAUACAAGAACAUUAGCUUUACUGUGUGGGAUGUUGGUGGCCAGGAUAAGAUUCGACCUCUGUGGAGGCACUAUUUCCAAAACACACAGGGCCUCAUCUUUGUUGUUGACAGCAAUGACCGAGAUCGUAUUGUUGAAGCAAGAGAUGAACUACAUAGAAUGUUGAAUGAGGAUGAGUUAAGAGAUGCAGUGCUGCUUGUUUUUGCUAACAAACAAGAUCUUCCAAAUGCAAUGAAUGCUGCUGAAAUCACUGAUAAGCUUGGUCUUCACUCUCUACGACAGAGACACUGGUAUAUUCAGAGCACAUGUGCAACAUCUGGGGAAGGGCUAUAUGAGGGAUUGGAUUGGCUUUCAAACAACAUAGCAAACAAGGCCUAGUGUUGCUACAUGGUACUGAUGGUUGACGUGUGGUCUGAAUUAAAAGUGCUGAAUACAAGUUCUAGGUUUUGGCAUUUCAUUUUUUUUUAAAGAUCAAACUUGUUGGUAUAGAAGUAGCAGAAUAUCGCAGACAAUGCUGCCUGCAUAUAUAUAUAUAUAUAUAUAUAUAUAUAUAUUUCUCCCACCCUCGCUUCAUUAAUAACAUGGGAGGACCUUGUUGCCUUUUUUUUAGUAUGUGCUGAAACAUUGGUUUUGCGAAUUAUAUAGCUUUGGCAAUUUGAAAUGGCAUAUAUUUUGAUGUGUUAGCAAGCA